AUGCUGCCCGACACAGCGUCCUCGGAGCAAUGGAAGACUUUCCUCCACCGAUGCCUAGCGCAUCGAGUAGAUGUGGACGAAUUCAAAGGCCUGACCAAGCUGAUGCUGGCCCGGUCCCCGGUCAAAGAGAAUGAACUCCUUGACCUACUCCUGGAGGCGCGCGCGAGCUCCGUGAUUGCCUGGGAUCCAUUGUUACCUGUCUAUGUUGACAGUUUGUGCAAGAUUGGGAGGGUAAAGAGUGCCGCCGCGCUUGUUGCGCUGUUGAGGCAUUCUUCUAUCAGGGAAAUGAGUGUUAAAAGGAGGGCGAGUACGCUUAUGACUGAUAUUAAGGUCAUUCAGGAUGUUAUGAUGGCUGUGAGUACCGGGAGUAUUCCUAGGUCUGUUGCUGAGGCGGCGGACCUUUAUGCGGCUACUGUUGAGUGGAUUGUGGCUGUUGUUGCUUGGCAUCAUGAUAGUUUGGGUGGGGAGCAGGGGAGUGGGUUGAUGAGCUCGCCGGAUGCUGUCUCUUUGUUUGAGUCGCUGGGUAUUCUUCUUGCUGCGCUGUCGGGGACUCCGAAGGGCCUGGAAAUGUUGUCCAGUGAUGAUCGUCAAGAUUUGAAAACAAAGUUGGGCCAGGCGUUGUCUAGCUAUCUGCCCCUAUGCGUCGAUGUGUCUCUGCCUUUGCGGCAUCGGUUGGAUACGGUUCAGAAAGAUUUCAACCUCUAUGGAGAGCAAUCUUCAAAGCCAUUGGGGCAUCCUGCUAUCGAUGGCAUGAAUGUUAACGCUCUUCAGUUCGAAUCGUCGGUUAUGGACGGUCCUGUCAUCAACACUAGAGCCGGUCUCUAUGUGUAUCUGAACUCAAUGCUUGCUGGUCGCCCGUUGGUUGAUGAUUCUAUCCUCAUUAAUUACCUCACCAAUCGCUACGAAGGCCACCAAGAAGCCCUCGUCGCAGAGAUAGUCACAGCUUCCUUCGACGUGCUGUCAAAUGGCGUCUACCGCAAUGAGUCCAGUCGGACUAUGUUCUUAUUCCGGUCCUUCCUGGUGAAUAAACUUCCAGCAUUCUUUGCGGCCAUGACAGCAGCUUCCAUGGUACCCAUCAGUAUUGAGAUGUGUAUCACACAAGCGCUCAGCCGACUGGAUCCAAAUUCCUUCCCUUCCUUCUCUCAGAUAUUCUCUAUGCAAGGCAAUAGCGUUCUGUCGGAUGCUCGUCAGGAGUUUCUGUUUGCCUGUGCGUCUCACAGACUCAUCCCCGAAUCCAGCAUCGAACGACUUCUCGGCGAAAACCCUAUGCAAACUUUACCCGUUGGAGGUCCUUACCAAAAGGAUGAUCUUGUCUCGCAAAUCAGCUCUAACUUCGAACGGGCGGAUCAACUGGUCGGUGAAAUUGAGUCCAUGGAGGGCAAUGCCGGUGCCAUUGUCUGUGCGAUUACUGAGGUCAUGUUCAACCUGUGCCACCAAAAAGAGACCAUGACUUUGAAAAACAUCUGCAACUCCCUUUCCCGGCGCCCCCAAGCCUUAGAUGCCAUGCUUCUUUUCCGAACUACCAAGCAAAUCCUCCAGCCUCUCUGUGCUCUGUUGGACUCCUGGCGUUGGGAUGAUGAUCAGAGCGAGAACCAGCCAGUCUAUGAUGAAUUUGGAAGCAUUUUGCUUCUGGUUCUAGUCUUCAAGUACCGCUAUGACUUGAGCCCGUCCGAUAUUGGUAUCUCGAGCAACGAUUCUUUCCUGUUGAAGUUGCUGGAUAGAGGCUCCUGCAGUCAGAAGCUGACUGAGCUGAGCGAGAAGCAGAACAAGGAUAUUGGUGGCUGGAUUGCGGCUUUGUUCAUUGCUGAGGGUAUCAGUGAAGAGACCAUGUCUGCUUGUAGUCCCCAGGAAUUCUACAUGCUAGUUGCGACGCUUUUCGACCAGAGCCUCGGCGCAUGCGAGUCAGGAAAACUGGAUUUUGAGACGUUGAAGGGCGGUUUCGAAUACCUUCUCGAACCGUUCCUACUACCAUCCCUAGUCGUCGCACUAACCUGGCUUGGCAAUCACAUUUGGGAAUCCGAAAUCGAUCCCACAAUCCCAUUGCAAACCCUCCACUCCCUAGUCAAGCCGAAUUCCAUCUCCGGCGAAGCGCAAGCCAUCCACCAAACAGUCCUAAACAUCACCGCCCGCCCCCUAGAAGAACAACUCAAAGACGUCCGAACACGACACCAAUCCCGCUCCGACAUCAAACCAAUCCUCGACUCACUUGAACCCUACCUCUCCUUCCGCCGCGUCGGCAGCUGCCACCGGUCUGAGCUCGACAAUUGGGCCGCCCAAACAGCAGGCGGCCUCCCAGGAAGCAUACGCAACACCCUCCAAUCACUCGUCCUCUGGAGCGCAAAUUCCGAAAUCACCCUCGCGCCUCAAUCUUACACCCACCGCCAGCUUCUCGCGGGUAUCCGCAUCCUCGGCUCCGCGCGCAUUCUAAGCGCAAUGCUAGAUGAAGUCAAGCAACAAACGGAAGCAGGAAGCGGUGACCUGGCACUCGAUAUCGCAGCCACCAUGAUCUGCGCACCUAUGGCGGAGUCUUUCGCCGUCGACCAGAAUACCUGCCACCCUGUUGAUUCGAGCAAGGAAAAUCUCCCGCGCUGCUCGAUCCUCACCCUCCGCGAUGCACUUGCCCUGCAACACGACAACGUGCCCAACAUCUCAGAGAAAGACCCUCUGCGCGCACAGGUCGUCGUCCGCCUCUGGCGCCGCGUCAGUGUUCUCUCAACCCCGCCGACACAAGUGUCCAAUAUUGAUGUUAGCAAUAUCAUUCAUAACAUGCAGCUUGGCGUAGAUAGCCAAGAUCGCAUGGAUCUUGAACCUACAGCCGGCGUUGGCGUCGAUGACGAGACAGACAAUAUUAACCAGAUGCUGGAUGAUGCUACUGCCGCUGCGGCAGCGGGUAUGGAUAGUGGUGUUAUUGGGCAUGAUAUUGGACAGGAUCUUGGGCAGGAUAUGGAUUUGGGUGCGGGAUCGGGCAUGGAUGCUAUUGAUGAUGUGCUCAAUGCUGCGGAUAUGGCGGUUGGGAAUCCGGAGUUUUUGGAUUUGGAUAUGGAGGGGAUGUUCUAG